UCAGCAGGGUGAAGUUUUGUGCUCAGACACAUGACUUCACUGCUCACAGCUCAUGUUGUGAGAGAAGUGGCGCAGCCCCUCAGCUCGGCCUGAGCUGCGCAGACCGCUCAAACUUUUUUUUUUUUUAAAGUGCGCUCAUGCUUUCAUUUGUUCAGACUUGUACAAUAACUUUGUCCUAACUCAUUGUGCCGCGUGGAAAAGUUCCCUGCGCAAACUAUGUGCGCUGAUUGCCCAACUUCUUGCGGGGAGAAGGACCCAAUCUGCCAAGCUAUGAACUCAGGCGGCGGGAUGGCGUCGCAAACCGAGUCUGACGCGGGUCAUCGCGGCGAAGGUGUUUGUCAGAGAGGAUGCGGGCUUCUGUUGUCCGGCGAGGACUUAAACAAAGGGGGUCACUGCUGUGUGGACGCGCUGCGCACGGUUACCGACGUGCUGGAAGAAAGGAGCGCAGCUUUGGAGCACGAAGCCCGGAUGGCGAGGCUCAGGUGGAACAGGAGGGAGCAGUUCCUGUUAGCCCAGGUGUCAACUCUGCAGAACGAGGCUCAGCUAGCUGCUCUCAAGUACCAACGGAGACUGCACCAGUACAUGCUGCACAUCAACAGCAUUGCAGAACAAGUCAUUGGGUACUACAAGAGUGAUUUGAGGACAACUGCUGACAUGCAGAGCCACAUAUCAGGGGAAGCAACAUGUGCAGAUGGAGAGCCACAGGAGCAAGUCAAAGCACCUGAGGUGAAUGGAAAGGAGUUGUCCAAGUCCAGCCAUGAGGAGACUGUGGAGGCCUUUCGCGCUGCCAAGGACCCCGUCGUGGUGCAGGUCAUCAGGCGGACCCCCAGCGGCCGCCCCCAUGGCCCCCCUCAGGAAAUCCAUGUGGUGGAUGUGUGCACUCAGACCGACAUCACCUUUGAACACAUCAUGGCGCUGGCAAAGCUGCGGCCUUCGACCCCUCCUGUGCCUGACGUCUGUCCCUUCCUGCUCUCUGACAGCUGUCAUUCUCUUCAUACAAUGGACCAGGAUUACUAUGAAGGGACAGACUACCUCUCCCCUGUUCCAGCUGAUGGAGAGAGGACAGAGGAGUUUGAAUAUGAGGAAGUGGAAUUGUGCCGACUCAGCAGUCAAGAGAAGUUGGGGUUAACUCUGUGCUACAGGACAGAUGAAGAGGAGGAUGUGGCCAUCUAUGUCAGUGAGAUCAGUCCAAACAGCAUCGCUGCCAGAGAUGGACGCAUCCGAGAGGGGGAUCGCAUUUUACAGAUUAAUGGCCAAGAUGUACAAGACAGAGAAGAAGCAAUGGCUGCACUCUCCAAUGAUGAGUGUAGGAACAUCAUACUGCUGGUUGCCAGGCCCGAGAUGCAGCUGGAGGAGGCCUGGCUGGAUGAUGAGCACAGUGAGUUCCUGGAGCAGCUGAAGAUGGAAAUGUUGGAGGAGCAGCAGAGAGAGGAGAUGGAAUUAGCUGCCUUACAGGAGGAGCAGGAGAAUGAACAGAGAGCAGAAGAUGAUAAACCCACCUGCUCCACUCUCCCUCAUCAUAAAGACAGUGUACGGAAUAUAAAGGACAGAAUGGAGAGCUCAGAGCAUAAUGUACUGGCACACAUCCAGAGACGUCUGUCCCAGUGCCUGAGAGACAAUCGGGACACACACAAUACCACCAGCUCCACGUGGCUAGAGGACAAAGAGGAUGAGGACGAUGAUGAGAUGGAGGGUGAUCGUUUCCAGCAGCUUUUAGAGCUGAAAUGUCAGAUUCGUAACAGCGGCGAGUAUGACCUGUUCUACAGCCACCGCAGCACCAUUGAGUGCAGUAUGGGGGAGCAGGGCGGUGUACAGCAUGAGCUGCGUAUGCUAAACGAGGAGCUGCGCAGCAUCGAGCUUGAAUGUCAGAACAUCAUGCAGGCCCACAAGCUUCGUAAGGGCCAGCAGUCUCCUUCAAUGGGCCGCUCUGCACCCUCCACCAAAAACCAAAGCCUCCACCACGGCGAGCCCACAAGGGGUAAGCUGGCAGACAUUAACGAGAGGCUGGAGAAAUCGGACAAGGACAGCUCCAGUGCCUAUAACACAGCAGAAAGUUCACGCAGUACCCCUCUAGCAAUGGACCGCUCCCCAGAGCACUCACUCCAGAGGAUGGUUAGUCUCACCAACCAGAGGAACCUCUGCAGCAGCCUUGCCACUGGCCACUCUCUUAGCCCGAGCCCCAUCCCAGUAUGCCGUGCUCCAGUCCCAGGGAAGAGCAGCAGCCCUGACCACAGCAAUCCAUCUGAGUCAGACCAGACACCUCAGGCUGAGGAGGAAAGCAGGGGGACAUUAAAGCCACAUGCUUGCCAGAUUCCUUACUUCUCUCCAUCCCACAGUUCCCAGCAGAGGCAGGCCAACAUCCCAGCUCAUGCUCGCCACUACCAGAGCUACAUGCAGCUGAUCCAGCAGCGCUCAGCUGUAGAGUAUGCUCAGAGCCAGCUCAGCCUGCUCAGUGUGUGCAAAGAGCCUCAGAGGCCCAUUAAUGAGCCCAAGAUGGAGUGGAAGGUGAAGAUCCGCAGCGACGGCACACGUUACAUCACCAAGAGGCCUGUGAGAGACAAGAUCCUGAGGGAGCGAGCCCUAAAGAUUAAAGAAGAGCGCAGUGGGGGAAUGACCACAGAUGAUGAUGCGAUGAGUGAAAUGAAGAUGGGGAGGUACUGGAGUAAAGAGGAAAGAAAGCAGCACCUGGUCAGGGCAAAAGAACAGAGAAAGAGACGAGAGUUCAUGCAGCGUAGUCGGCUAGAAAGCUUGAAAGAGAAUCCUCAGAGCAGCAGCGAGGGCCGCAAGGAAGUCAGCAUUAUUGAGCUCAGCCACAAGAAGAUGAUGAAGAAACGCAACAAGAAGAUCCUGGACAACUGGAUGACCAUCCAGGAGCUGAUGACUCAUGGUACUAAGGCCCCUGAGGGAGCCAAGGAGCACAACGCCUUCCUAUCAGUCACUACUGUAUAAAAGAAACACACACAUUCUACCCCAUGCGGUAUAAUAUACUUGCCUCGUUCAAUGUGGCAUUUUUAUGAGGACAAUAGGAAUAUUUUUCACACUUUGUAACCCAAAAAGCAUUUUGUAAAGAAUUUAUCAGUGGUAUCAUGUCAUUUUUGUCAUGUUUUUCCAGUAUUGUUUUUCACAUCACUCUGCGGGAAAAAACAUUUUUCUAUGAAAUUAUGACUAUAUAAUUAUUUUGUUACUUCGCACUAAACAUGUUUAUCUUUUCAAGCUUUUCCAAUUCUAUUUUCAUAUUUAUGUUGUAACCAUAUAACUCACCUAGUUGUAUGAGCAUCUUAAGAAAAGUUUAGCAUUUUCUUUUGCGUAUACUUUGCAAAAUAGCAAAUCAAGGAGUCUGUGGGUCAGAUCUAUUUAUCCUUUAAAGCUGAAAUCAGUGCAUCUCAGUCUUGUCAAGAGGUCGUUAAAUUACAUUUCAGGCUAUGAGUGCAUAGACACAAAGUCAACUACACAGGCUAUCAUAAAAAAAUGAUAGCUCAAAUGUUUUUUUUUUGUUUUUUUUUAAAGUUAAAAGAAAUAAUAAAUAUUACACAUUCCAAUCAUAGUACUGUAUAACUUGCUCCUAAUAAGAGGUUGAGGGUAACUACAGCAAGAAUGUGCUUAAUCCCUAAAACCCACUGAGGUUGAAAUAAGUUGUAAUUUGGAAUGCAGUUUCGUUGGUCAAAUGUUUUUAUCCUGACAAACAUAGGAAUAGCAAUUAUGCAAUGUUUAAGUAUUUCAACAACUAUAUUUUUACUCUAUUAUCCUGUUAUUAAAUACAUAAUACUGCAGCAACAAAUGUAUUCCAGCCCACCCAGCUGAAUUAAAGAUGACACUGACUUACUCUGUUAAGUUAAAAAUCCCCUUAAAACCUUUGAAGUGUCUCACCUCUGUUUUGGGGUUUUAGAUUGCUGAACAUGGGCAGAUAAAACUAAUAAUAGCAAAGUUAUUUGUUAUCAUUAGACAUUUUACAAAAACAUCUUUUAAAAAUUGGAUACCUCACAGUGAAACUCUUUGUGUUCUUUAAGUACAAGACUCAAACAUCCCAAAAAAAGUCCAUAGGUCCUGACUCAUUGUCAGUGCUGCAGCUUUGUUUGUCUGGCUUGCAGCUUUGGGUAAAAAAUAUUUUACAUUCAGUUUUACUUUUGCUUAAUAUUUUGUUUUUUCUACAUAUUCAACAACAGAUGGACCUGCUCUUAGCUUUUACAUACCAGUAUUUUUACAUAAUUUUUACUCUCCACAUACACCUUUACUCAGCAUAGCCUUAACAGCAAAAACUGACUCAAUGAUAAGUUGGUGUGGCAACCUUUCAUACACAAACAAUAAACUCAGUCUCUGUAUAUCUCUGUGCAACAGAGAGGUAUUAUUCAGCCUUAUUCAUACAUUGUAUAAUUUGAGGGUUUUUUUGUAACUGGAUACAUUAAUAGAUAUUGUAUUGUCUUUACUGAAUUACGUUUGCAGUCACAAACUGGUGUUAGGAUGAUUGCCACUGAGCAGGACUCAGAACACAGCAUAUUAGAUCAUUGAAAAACUAAACUGGUGAAAUUAAUGGGUUGCCAUUUAUCAGCAGACAUUAUAGUUCAGUUACAUGUACAGUAUACCAAUUCCAAAUGCCUCAUUUUUAAACUGAAAUAUUGUAAAUUAAAAUUUUAAACCAAUCCCUGUAUUUGUUUUGAGUAAAUGUCUGAUGGUCUAAUUUCAAGUAAUGCGUAGUUGGCACAUUGGUAGCUGGGUAAAAUGUGUGAUAAUGGUGAACUUUGCAAAAGAAAUAAUAAUAAAUUAUUGUUUUUUG